AUGGGAAGGACCAUUGAAUACACGAUCGUAGGACCGCCCGAGGUCCCUGGUCGAAACUCGCCGGCCCCUUUCUCGAAGGGUUUGCCAUAUCGCAAGGAGUCGAAAGGAGCUUCGUCGAAUCUACGAUCGCUGUAUUGUAUUUCUGCACAAAGCCCUGCGGACACCGAAGCCACAGAACACUCACUGGGCCCUGUCUCUACCAUCCUUCCGAACUCCCCGUAUCUACCUCCAACGCCGCCUGGAGCGACCAACGGGGAUGUUUCGCAUGCAGUCGACGAGCACGUCUCAGAUACUGCCAUGGUCAGAUCCGCGUUGGUUACUCCCAUCAACCAAAAUAGCCCGCCUACGCCUGACAAUACUCCCCCACGAGAAGGGCUUACGCCUUCGAUGCGUCCAUUUCUGCACACGCAGCCAUCGAUGACUUCCACUGGGGCCGAGUCCUUCAAAACUGCACGCGAAGACUUAGAUUCCGACUCCGAUAGAGACUCCCAAAUACACGAAAAUGGAACUCUGCGCCCACUGACCCCUGUUCACAACCGCGGUCCCGCCAGGCAUCGAAUGGGACGGCGUGGUGGUGACUUGCCACGAUCGCCGUUGAUCAAUGCUUUCGAGGAGGAAAAUGAUCCCGUUAGCAUGCUGCCAGAUCGUUCCGAGUCUCAACAUCACACAGAUACAUACAAUUCAAACGCUGCCUUGAUGGCGAGCGAAAAUGGUUCAGCCAGAUUCCGAGCAAGCCCGCAAGCCUUGAGCUGUGUGUCUACCCCAGAUGCUCCUGCCAAUGGAACGAUGGCCCCGCUGAAUCUGGAUGCUGACACCAGCGACACCCUGGGGAAGAGCGAUACCACAGCUCGGCCUGGGAAGAUCGUGCCUACGCUCGGCCUGAGGCGCGACCAAAGUCUUCGAGACAGACUUCUCGAGGCGCAGAAGCAAGACCCAUCAGCCUCUACUGAAAAGUUUGCAGACAUCAUUGGUUGGAAUAAUCUGGUACCCAUCGAGGGUGACUCGUCAGAGAACCUGGCGAUGACUCACGAGGACACUCGACGACUGUCCGGUAUCUCAGCUACAUCUACCAUCGGUGCGUUUGUUUUCGAGCAGAAUCAGCUACCCAGUAGAAGGGCCACAUUGCGUCACAUGAACAAACAUGAAUCCUUGCGGUCUGUGAGCUCGCCGCUACCUUCUUCGAACCGGAAUUCCAUGACUUCGAAUUCCGACUCUCCCAGAAGGCUCGUGCAUAAAGAGGCAAGGUUGAGCAACCAAAUUCGGUGGAGCUUUGAAUCAGAGGUUUCGCGGUCCUAUAGUCUUGCCUCGAGCGCCGCUCUGCCAAAGACGGAGAUCAUACGGGUAGCAGUCAUUCCAGAGAGGAAUUCGUCCUUGUCAUCGUCUUACAAUGGUAGCCACAGACAAUCACUCUCAGCGGAAUCUGCACGAUCUCAAUCCCGCAGAACCUCCGACAAUCCUCCAUCUUCUUGGCAGCAUAAGAGAGCGUUCUCCGAGGCUGUUGAGCGCGGUCGUGGAGAGGAGCAGGGGCCUUCAAUUCCUCCUCGGAGCUCGUCACUCUCAGCGCCCACGUCGAGGAGCACCUCGCGAGCCAACUCAAUCACGUCUGAGCACUUGCGCGUACGGCGACAGCAAGCCGAGAAAGAUCUGCGGAAAACGUUGGACAGGAUGGAAUCUGACCGUCUGGUUCAAAAUUUGCAUGACUGGGACUUGGAAGACCAGGCGCAGGCGCCGAGCACUUCGAAGAAGAGUACGGUGGCACGCGGCUCGUUCGGACAGAAGGGCAGCCGAGCGGUCUCCCUUCCGGGGAGUCUUUUGAGCCCCCCUGAUCCCAAUGGGAACAUGCCGGGGCUGUUCCUCCCUGGGACUAACGAAUGGGCUGCUCUGCGACCACCAUCAGUUUUGGAGACGCCCUUUUCGCAGCCGUCGUUCCAUUCGGCAUCUCCCGAGAUCAAUGAGGCAAAGGCCAUUAAUUUCUUUCCUCACAACAACCACUCGCUACAGUUGAUCGAGCCGUUUCCUGUCCAGGAAUCAAGAGCUGUUCAGGAGGUACAGAGGCGAAACUUGCCUUCCAUGGAGGUAGAGUCGCCGCUGCGUAACCCGCGACGUCCUCCUGAGCCACCUCAGUUCAAGGUGAUACCACCUACUCCGGGCGAUGAACUCGAGAAAGAAUUGGUGCUUGACGGGCCGCAGGCACUCGACCGAACGGGCUCGUCGAGGCGCCGAGGCAAUAGUCGUCGACGUUCGGAUUCCUUGAUCGACUCCAUUUCUCGGAAUUUGAGCCUUAAGAAUGCUCGCAACCGGAAAGCGAACCAGGAAUUAGACGGAAAGCUACAUCCUUUUUGGCGCCCUCGUGCCUUCUGGGAUGACAUUGACGUAGCUCGCCCCGAACUGGAACAAGAGCAAGCCUUGGAUCAAGGGAGAGUCCGCAACUCUCUCGGUCUGCCCCAGAAGCGCACUGUGAUCACGGGACCCGUCUCAUUGGUCAGGCUGAUGUCUGAACGUCGACGGCAGAAAAGAGGGAUAGUGAAGCAAACAAGCCAUGGGAGCCUCUCGAAGCUACGAGCGACUCGUCGGCUCCAUAAGUCACACAGCCUUGGACUAGGGUUCCAUCUGAUCGGAAUCAAGGAUAUCCAUCAACGUAUGUUACGGGUCAAAGAACGACGGGAGGAUGACAAACGAGAGAAGAGGAGGGAGGAGUUGAGACGCAGCAUUGGACCCAAUGUCGUCUCUCAAGGGGACUCCAGGUUUCCAGCAAGUCACAUCAAUCUGGUGAAGAAUGUUCUGAAGCAAACGGCGUCUUGA